AUGAGUGCACUAACGUCAUCGAUUCCAGCGCAAGCGAUCAACACCAGCUCAUCCACCUGGGAGCAAAUAUGUCAGUUGCCUUUAGCAGAUCCGUCAUUUGGUCAACCUGGCGCCAUAGAUGUCAUCAUUGGCUCGGAUCAACUAUGGAACCUGUACAAUGGAGAACGCAAAUUCUUUGGUAACGACUUUCCUAUCGCUGUUUUUGGUUGGGUCAUUGCAGGCUCCUACAGUUCUGCUGACGAAGAUUCGACACCUGCUUUGGCACAUCACGCGCAAUUAGACCUUGAUGAAUUAGUUCGUUCUUUUAUGGAGAUGGACCGCGUUCUGCCACCCAAGGCUGUCAUCGACGCAAGUGAUCCCUCUGAACAGCACUUUGCAAAAACACACAGGCGCAACAAAGAUGGAGUGUACGUGGUUCAGUACCCAUUCAAGAACAACGCUCCGCCGAUUGGGGCCACUUUACCACAAGCCCUUAACCGCCUUCAUUCGCUGGAGCGCAAGCUGCUACGAUUUCCGGAAUUAAGGCAGCAAUAUUUUGACUUUAUGGAUGAUUACUUAAGUCGUGGGCAUAUGGAAGUGCUCACAUCGGAGCAGAUAGUUGAGGACCCAGCUACCUGCGUAUAUUUGGCUCAUCACGCCGUACUUAAGCCAAAUAGCUCUACGACGAAAUGCCGAGUGGUAUUUGAUGGCUCGGGCAAAGACGCCACGGGUUUCUCACUUAACGAUCGCUUACAAGUCGGGCCACCAAUUCAACGGGACUUAAUUGGAGUUUGCCUCCGCUUUCGUCAGCACCGUUAUGUAUUUUGCGCCGACAUUGAGAAGAUGUUCUGCGGCAUACAGGUUGCUCCCGAACACACCAACUAUCUGCGCAUCAUAUGGCGCAAAAAUGAAGAUUCCCCUAUUUCUCAUUAA